AUGCGGCGCUACAAGUUCCUUUUCAAGAAGCACGACGAGGCACGCUUCGACAAGUACCUCGAGGACGUGGAGGACGGCAAGGCCAAGAUCUUGGCGGGCGCGCUCCUGCCGCAUGAGAUCGCCGCGGCCGCCUACCGCGGCGAGGACGACAAUGUGUCAGAGCUCCAGUGGCGCCGCAUGGUGGACGACCUCCGCUCCAAGGGGUGGCUGUGCAACUGCAUCUCGGUCUGUGACGUGUCCGGGAGCAUCACGUCGGAGCUCAGCGAGGACCCAUGGGCGGGCAAGGUGAUCACCUUCAGCUCGACCCCCGAGAUCCACCUGAUCAAGGGCAAGACCCUUGCCAAGAAGAUGGCCUUCGUUAAGUGCAUGCAAUGGAACAUGAGCACCAACUUCCAGGCGGUGUUCGACCAGAUCCUCCGCACGGCCGUGAACGCCCGGCUGGCGCCGGAGAAGAUGAUCAGGACCGUGUUCGUGUACAGCGACAUGGAGUUCAAUGAGGCGUCGGGGCACGGCGGGGGUGGAUACUACGGAUACGGAUCGCGACGAUCGUCCGGGUCCUGGGACACUGACUACAACGUGAUCUGCAAGAAGUUCAGGGACGCGGGGUACGGCGAUGUGGUGCCGCAGAUCAUCUUCUGGAACCUGCGCGACUCCAAGUCGACGCCGGUGACGUCGAUGCAGCCGGGGGUGGCCAUGGUGAGCGGCUUCUCCAAGAACUUCCUCAAGAUCUUCCUGCAGAACGACGGCGUGGUGAACCCCGAGGCCAUCAUGAUGCAGGCCAUCGCGGGCGACGAGUACCAGAAGCUGACCAUGUACGACUAG